AUGGAACAAUAUGAAAUGCAGUUACUCUCGGUGGAACAGGCCUUGCUAUCAACAAAAGACGAAAAUGAGCGUCAGGAACUCCUUGCUCUGAAGGAAAACUUGAUAGAACUUUUAGCCCUUACCCAACUUACCAAAGAUGAAGAGAAGGGUAACGACGAUACUACCAAUAACGAUGAAUUAGAUGAUGAGAUGAAAAAGUUUCAAUGCGAAAUUCAAGAAAUUGAUCAUUUCGAGAAUCUGCGCAUCUUAAGGGAAAAAUGUGAAAAAAUGGUUGGAGAGAAAUGUAGUGCCCCACAUAAACAUGCCUGGGGUGCUGUGGGUUACCACAACGCCAUUAUUUGCAGCAUUGAGGAGGAAGCUCCUAUAGAUGAUGCUGGAAAUGUAGAUGUACAGUUUCGGAUUCUCUUUACAAACCCUACACAUAAGGAAAUGCUUCCUUGUUCGUUCUUCUUAGAAGGCAAUUGUCGUUUUGACAGUGAAAAAUGUCAUUAUUCCCAUGGCGAAAUUGUUUCAGCUUCGUCUUUGCGAGAAUAUGCUCAGCCAGACUUUUCGAGAUUGUCAAGAAAUUGUAUUGUUUUAGCAAAAAUGGAAGAUGGUCUGUGGCAUAGAGGACGUGUUUUAUGCGCAAACUAUGUGGAAAAAGAAUGUAGAGUGCGCUUGGAUAACACUAAAAAGGAACACAAAGAAAAUGAUUUUCGGUUUGAAGAUUUGCUACCCCUUAUUUAUGAUGACGAAGAUUCUUCAAGUGAUGAUACAGACAGCGAAGCCGAUUUUCCAUCCCAAUUUACCGAUAAUAACUUUAGUCUUAAUAAUCCUUUUACAUAUGAACUAACACAACCACUUGGAGCUUGGGAAAAACAUACACGGGGUAUUGGCUCCAAACUAAUGGCUAAGAUGGGCUAUGUUUAUGGCUCAGGGUUGGGUACUGAUGGAUGUGGAAUCAUUACGCCUAUAUCUGCUCAAAUACUACCUCCUGGUAGGUCGCUUGACCACUGCAUGGAACUCCGUGAGGCAGCAAAUGGUGGCCACGAUUUUUUUAACGCCGAGAAAAAAAUGGAAAAGGAACGAAAAAAGCUUGUAGCCGCUAGUAUAAAAGCUUGUGAAAGAGCCACAAAGCAUGUUGAUGUAUUUUCAUUUAUAAAUGACAAUAUUUUAGCAUCACCAAAACCAACGGAUAACACUGAGCCACAAAAGAAAGCUUUGGAAAGUCAUUCAUCGAAAUCUCUAAAUGUAGAAAGUGUGAAAGUUGCAGAUGAUAUUCGUCGCAAAGAACGGGAAAUAGCUGAAGUUCAAAAAUCGUUGAAGCGUAACACUGAUGAAAGUUCUGAAAUAUUUAUUCGUCUAAAGAAAAAGUUGCAAUCAAAAAACAAUGAAUUAAGAGCGUUAAAAGAUGAACAAAGGUACCUUUCACAGGAACAAAAUACACGAAAAACAAAAGAAAAGCUCUGUGUAUUUUAA